AUGCCAUCCCAAGCUAUUCCAGAUCGCUCGCCUAAACAGGCAUAUUGCUCACCACUUACGACAACCCCAGAAAUCCCGCUCAAACAGGAGACUCAAAAUGAUAUUUCUAAAGGCAGUAACAUUCAACCUCGUCAACAUGCACUCGUGCAACGGCCAGUCGAUCGCUGGACACUUUUACCGAAUCUUCAAGACCCAAAAUCGUAUCGAAGACGUGAUAAGGCAGGGAUCGUAUUUGUGGUUGCAAUAGCAUCAUUUGCUGGCCCCUUUGCCUCCAACUCGCUCCAGCCGGCCUUUCCUGAACUUCAGAAGGACUGGAACAUUCCAGAUGCCGUUGUAGCACUUACAACGGCAUUAUUUCUAUGCGCUACUGGUAUUGCACCACUUUGGUACGCAUUUCUCUCGGAAAGAUAUGGGCGUCGGCCAAUCUACUUGUCAGGCUUUUUAAUAUUCUCAUUGGCUUCGGUUGUAUGCGCCCUCUCGACAAAUAUCAUCAUGCUUUUGACCUUCAGGUUCGUUCAAGCCACUGGAGCAAGUUGCGCGCAGAGGCAUGUAUGGGUUCAUACUGACGAUCAUUUGGCAAUUAACCGUCUUUUACCAGUGUGGGUUUGGGUAUUAUCGCAGAUAUUUAUGUCCCCGCUGAACGUGGGAGGGCCACAGGAUGGUGCUCUUAUCACAUGGACGCAUUCGUGGAGGUCAACCAUGUGGUUUAACGUUAUAUUCGGGAGCAUGAUCGAGUUACUGAUCCUCUUGUUUCUACCUGAAACAUCGAUCAUGCUCAAGACGAAGCAAGCAGCUGCACUAUCCAAUCCUGCUCCGGAGCAGCCCCAGUUAUCUCAGAAGACUUUUUCGCAAACUUGCAAAUCUCUAUUCCAACUAUUUAUUCUUCGUCCCUUUCAUACUGUUUUAUAUAUUCGAUUCCUUCCUGUUGGCCUAACUGUAUAUUAUGGAUCAACGUGCUUCGCUUGUUUGUACAGUAUUAGUACGGCUGUUCCAUUCUCGUUUGAAGGCAUGUCCACUCUGAUAUCGGCCGAAAUUCAAACUAACCUGAGGUUGUUUGGUUACUCUGAUCAGUUCAACAGCAUGGAGAUUGCUCUAGCAUAUAUCCCCUCUUGCCUGGGUUAUAUUAUUGGCUCGAUUAGUGGGGGUUAUCUUUCAGACCAUGUAUAUAGACGAGCGCGGGCGCGUGAUGGCGACAACUUUGUACCAGAGUCCCGGCUCGAUAGUGCUUGGUUUGGGGUUCCUUUUAUGCCUAUCGGAUUAUUGAUAUUUGGGUGGACCCUGCAUACACACCAAAAAUGGAUGGUUCCCCUUGUCGGCGGCUUCAUUUUCGGACUUGGUUUUAUGCUUGGGACCGGAACGUGCAUGGCCUACUUCGCUGAUGUGAUUCCCGGGCAAAGUGCUUCGGUAGUCGCCUGUUUUAACUUAUGCCGCAACGUAGCCGCUGCGUUAUCGGCUGCCCUAGCUGCCCCCGCAAUCAACAAAAUUGGCCAAGGGUGGUACUUCACAAUCAUGGCCACUCUCGUGAGUCUGAUGUCACUUAACCUGCUUGCUGUGAGAAGGUGGGGUAACCACUGGCGUCAACAACGAGAAGAUGCCGCAGUUGCUCGUUAA